UUCGGUGGCGUUAGCUCACCGCUUCAAGUCACCUUUUACCAGCGAGAAGAGACGUUUUCGAUAUUUAAAGACGUGCUGCGUUUGAGACAGCUUCUUGGGACAACAGUGCCUCUUCUCUCCGAGCUUCGGGGGAGGGGGGGAAUGUAAACUACCUCCCCCGCACUUGUGGGACUUCCAGCACGCGGGGAAAUGAUGUUGGUUAGCUGAAGUUUGUGUUUACUGAUGUUGUAGUGGCUAACUAGUUAGCUCGGUUAGCUUGUUAGCGUGAAAGCUGCGCGUUGCGACCCUUUCGCAACUAUCUUUAAUGGGCAAUGUUAGCUGGAAUAUAAGCACAUUGGUUCUUGCAUUCUAAAAUAACAGUUCAUCUCGUGUUGUUGAAGUUUAAACAUAUAAACGGUUCGCUUAUAAGUCGUGAAAGCGCUCAAACUGACUUUAAAAAUCUGCUGCGAGCCUCGAAACGCCUUCACUGGAUACCCACAUUGCGGAUACGGAUGAAAUAUCGGGGUCAGCACGUUCUACCUGCCACCUGCCUCCCUCCGUGUCGGACAUAGUUCGUCGUCCUGGUCCGCUAUGACCCCCCAGUUCAUCAAGUAAAAACCCCGUGGAGAGAGAGGGCAGACCUCCAGCCAUGGGAGGAUGUGUGGGGAGAUACUGGGGAGACUCGCAUAACCGAGGGUCGGCCAGGAACGGUGGACGAGGAGGACGGAACGAGCCGCUGAAAAAAGACCGUCCCAAGUGGAAGAGCGAGUACCCGAUGACGGAGGGACAGCUGAGGAGCAAGCGAGACGAGUUCUGGGACACGGCGCCGGCGUUCGAGGGCCGGAAGGAGAUCUGGGACGCCCUGAAGGCCGCCGCCGUGGCCCUGGAGUGCAACGACCACGAGCUGGCCCAGGCUAUAGUGGACGGAGCCAGCAUCACUCUGCCGCACGGGACUCUGACCGAAUGUUACGACGAACUGGGGAACCGCUACCAACUGCCAGUCUACUGCCUAGCGCCCCCUGUCAACCUCAUCUCAGAAUGCAGCGAUGAGGACUGCAGUGACAGCCCCGAACCCCCCAUAGCGUCUAAAAAAGAAUUUCAACUCAAGGUACGACUGUCCACGGGAAAGGACCUGCGCCUCAACGCCAGCAUGGCCGACACCAUCGGGCAGCUGAAGAAGCAGCUGCAGGCCCAGGAGGACAUCGACGUGCUGCAGCAGCGCUGGUUCUUCUCUGGCAAGCUGCUGACGGACAAGACGCGUCUGCAGGACACCAAGAUCCAGAAGGACUUCGUCAUCCAGGUCAUCGUCAACUCACAGGCGUCGGGAGCCCCCAAACCGUCACCCAUAACCACUCCCUCUUCGCCCAAGUCCCAGUGAUUGCAGCAGGUCGGAGCAGAGGUACCGCCCGUUGACCAUGCUGCGUUUGAGGGAAAACACAAUUUUGGAGGCUUAAAUUAAAAAGGAAGAAGUGCUGCUUACUUUUUAACAUUUCUGGUUUGUGUUUUAUUUGGAGGAGCAGAUUGCCGAGUCUGGACAUCCUCACCAUCUCUGACCCACUUUCAAACGGAAGUGGAGCUCGUCGCGCUGGCGGAAACGGCGCCCUUCGCCACUGCAUACACAGACUCGGCCUCUGGGGCUUUUCAUCUGCAACGUGGAUGAAACGCAGAGAGGUUCUUGUUGGAUUAAAUCACACAGACACUUAGCAGCUCUGGUGGAGCGUACGAUGCAACACGUUUCUUUUACUGACAAAAUACUAACUGAGCUGUUUUGCACAAUUAAAGGUUCUUACUAUACUUCUGCAGUAGAAUUGUGUGCCUUCAAGAUUUAAAAAAAAAAGGGUUAAUAUAAAGGAUGAGAGACUUCCUGCUAUAGGCUGAACCCUGUGUAUUUUUUUUAGAUUCAAAUCAAUCAUAAAUUGCUGUCACUGCUGCCUUUAUUAUGCUGUCUUAUAAUGGGUGUGUAUGUGUUAAUGCAGAAAAACAAUCUACGAUAAAAUCCAGUUUUCUGCCUUUCAGACGGCUUCGUGACCACUAGGAGGAGCCACACUGCCCCUUUCUGAUCUGUUUUUUUAUUGUUUUUGUGGAUUUCCCCCCCACCCUCUCUCUCCAGCUGAUGAUUGUAAUUACUUCAUAUUCCCUGAAACUAUAAAGGAAAAUUCCCUUCACCAGCAUAGAAACGGACGUGGAGCAGUGAGUCAAAGCUGUGACCCAAAACCCAGAUUCAGAGAUUCAGAGGUUGAUUUGAACGCUCUGAGACUUGUUCCCCCCCUAGUGGUGGCAUGUCGUAUUGAAAAUUGUGAAAUAAUGGUCCACUAAUAAACAAAGAGUGGAAAGGAAAUGAAUUGUUCUUUUUUUUUUUUAAAGUUUUUGAAUACUUUACCUAAAAACAGUGAGAUGGGCUUCGUUUUCUCUCACCGCUCCACCUGCUCACUUCUCCUGAACGUACUUGUACGUACCGUACUUACAGUACUUGUAUCAUUUCAAAGUCAUUUCCAUACCAGCGCUUCUAACAGGGAUACUCCACCGCAAAUGUCACAGACUUGAACAACAAGUUGUUGUUGUUUUUUCUUCCUAUAUGUGCAAUACAACAAACCUCGUAUUAUUUUCGUUUCUGAAGCAACAGAGUUGUGUGAAAGUAGAGUCCAGCCCAGCUGGGAUCUGAUAAUAAGGACCAGCAUCCCACUGGUUAUUUUUCUAUGAAAUGUAUUCACAUCUCUCUUCUUCAAAACAAUCUGAGCACAGCCUGAAAGCCAACCCUUCGCUUAUCAGUGAGUCCUGUCCGUCUUAGCUGUGAAGGAACCUCUUAGUUUCAGGGUGAGUUCAUUUAUUGAACCGCCAUCUUUGUGUUUUCUAGUCGGGGAGUUGAGCCCCGACUAGAAAACGAAAACCUUUUUUUGUUUGUUUGUUUGGGGUUUUUUUUUUACAGACGUUUAUCUGUCCUUUUAUUUUGUCUUUUGUGAAACUUAAAGGGAUUCAGAAAUAAUUCAAGAGCUACAAAGAACCUCAAAAAGGAACCCCUAUUCUAGUUUUCUGGGUCCAGUAAAGCACGCAUGCAGUAACCACUUGAUCUCAAAGAACUUUUAACCCGCAACUUUAAACGGCCCCUUUGUGCGCAAACAUUUUUCUGUUUAAUACUUGUAAACGGCGCUUCCCCCCCACAGCAUUUAUUUCCCUUGGUGGUCAAGAAACCAACCACAUUCUAUUAUAUUAGACUUUGAAGGGACAAGACUUUGCGGUAACCCUCCCGCGAUCUUAUGACUAUGCUCAGGAGGAGCGCGGGCCUGUUCUUAUUAGAAAGCGGGGCACUUUGUAACAGCGCGCACGAGCUGAGUGCGACCGGACUGCUCACAGGGUAAAAAGCUCGCGCGGGAGGUGCUAAAUUACAAACGUCCAAUUACAAUUACAAAAUGGACGCCUAGUCGAUAGGAAAGCGCGGUUGAACGUUACUUUGAGCACUAAAUGGCAGAAUGCUACUCACCCUGAAAUGUUUUCCUCGGCAGCCUUAUUGCAGUUCAUUCGCGCCGAGCCAUGGUACAAACGGUAACACACGCUUUUCGCUUUCUCGAUGCUUUUAGAAAAGAAAUGGAAUAUUUUAAUUAAAAUUACAACUUCAGGUAACAAAAACCUCAGUGUGUUUUUUUUAAAGGGUAUGUUUACCUCGUUUUAAAACCUGAUGGAUCUGAUUUUCAUUAUUUCUUCACGUGAAAUCAGUAAUGUAAAGCCAUGUAAGUAACAAAAAAAAAUAAAAAAUCCUUGCUCUACACGUAUGUUGUACAAUUUUAAACUUUCCCCUUUAGCAUAUCCUCCAGGAUGGAAGUCAUAUAGCCAAGGUUUGCUUCUUUUACCGUCUCAUUUUUGGUCCUUCUUGGGCUCUUUCUCAGUCACGUGAGCUGCUUGUAAAAACAUAGUACAACAAAUGUGUGUUUAUAGUUUCCAAAGCUGUGAAUUUGUCCCACUUGGUUGAUUUUCACCUAUAUUUGGUUGCUUGUUUGCAAAAAAAUAAUAAUUUUUUUUUUUAAAUGCUUUGUUUUUGUAGUGAUCAUUUGUCUGAGAUGUUAAUAUUUCAGGAGAGGUUCACAAAAUGUCACACAAUUCUCCAGAGAUGUUUGAGUUUCAGUCUGUCCACAUUGGAAACUCGGAUUAUUCAGGUCAGUCUGGAGAAACGGGAGUAAAAUUUAUAUAUAAGAAUAACAUUUUGUACUCCUCAGAACAGAACACAUGACAGAGUAAUGUAAAUGUUGUGGACAUUUGUUUUUAUGCUACACAAAUGAACCCCCAAAACGACUAUGAAAUUAAACAAAAGCCAUAAGGUGAGAUCAAGAGAUUAUAUUCUUAUAUCAGCAAGGAGCUGCCACUCCAUGUAUUACUUACUAUUCUUGCCUUUAAGAACUUUAAAUUAAGUUAUAGGUUUAGGUUUAGAUUUUUGUUUUUCGCAGCAGAACAGCCAUUAUAAAGCACUAAAAUAUUUCUUUUAAAAUGGGUUUAUUUAGUCAGAGAGAAAUGUUAAGGACAUGACAUUUACAAGUUAUUUUAUUGUUCAUUUAUAUGCUGAUUUCAUGUAAAAUCAUGUUUUUAAACUGUUGAAUAAAGUAAAACUUGUGAAAGUAA